AUGAUGAAAAGUAUAUUAAUAUUUUUACCAAACAGACUUUACAAAGAAAAAGCUGGAUAUAUGUUUGGUAAAGUAGUAUAUGAUGAUAGUACGGAAGUUAAAAAAUUUUAUAUCAUUGGAGUAUGUAAAAUAAAUAAUUUUGAAACAAUGAAAUAUACCAAUAUAAUUGGAUAUUAUUCUGGCACAGAAGAGAAACAAGAACAUAUAGAUAAAAAAUAUUUAGAUUGGCUUGAUAUAUGUUUGAAUCCUAUAUCUUCCAAAGACAAUAUUUACGAUUAUAUUCUAAAAAGUAUUAUUCUAAACAAUAAAAAAAUUUCUAUUUUACAUUAUCAUAUAGUUAUUAUAAUAUAUGAUCAAUUAGUUUUUAAAGAAACAGAAUUAUUUGCUCAAAAAGCAAUAUAUGGAGAUCACUUUUAUGAGUUAAUGAAAAUUAUACAAGACAAACAAGUUGAAAAAGAAAUACAGAAGAAAGAAAAAUAUAUUUAUAUAAAAGAAAUAAUAUUUGUAUAUCAUAUGUUCUUAUAUUUUUAUCCAAUUCUUUUUCUUAAUAAAAUAACCAAUAAAUUAUUACCAAUUUUAAGAUAUUCUUUUCUUGGCUUACAUGUUAAUGGAUGGUUAGAAAAUGCAAAAUGGAUGUUGAUUACUAUAAUAAAAAACAAAAAGUUCACAUUGAAGACUGGUAACUAUGUUUUUGCACUGAUAAUAGAUAUGUUGCUAGGAAUCUCUAUAUUACAAUUAUUGUUAUAUUACUUUGAAUAUACUUCGCCUUCUCAAAUACUUUUGAAUAAUGCAGAGAAAGUAGUAACCUUCUUAAAAGAUUUAAUUAAUUGGUUAAUGGGUGUACCAGCUGGCUUAAAAUUAAAUCAUGCUUUAAAUAAUAUGCUUGGAAAAUUUUUUUUAUAUCACAUACAUAUGUGGUGGACAUUUUUAAUAUUUAUGAAACCUGUAAUGGAUUUCACAUUUGAAGUAUUAGUACUGUUUGGAAGACUUGGUAUUACGUUUCAAAUAGCAAUAGCAGCUGAUCUUCUAGCACUUGUCAGUUUUCAUGCAUAUUGUAUUUAUGUAUAUGCAGCAAGGCUUUUUAAUAUUCAAUUAAAAGGCAUUACUGCUUUAUUUCGAUUAUUUUUGGGUAAAAAGAAGAAUCCAUUAAGAAAAAGAAUUGAUUCUUGUCAAUAUCAACCUGAUCAACUUUUUGUAGGAACUUUAUUAUUUACUAUUUUAUUGUUUCUGAUGCCAACAACUUGGGUUUAUUAUGUAGUUUUUACAAUGUUAAGAUUAGCAUUAAUUAGCUUUGGAGGUUUAUUAACAAGAAUGAAAUUUUAUCUUCAAGUUAUGCCUGUAUAUGCUUUUUUUAAAUGGUUGUUCCAUUCUUAUAGUACAUGCAGUACUGUUAAUAUUAAAAUAUAUUCACAUAGAACUGAAAGACCAAUAAUAUUAAUAAUGACAUUAGUAAUAGCAUCAUGGAAUUAUACAUGGAACAAAUGCAUACCAGAUACAAUUAUUUAUCAUCCACCUAUAGAAUGGAAUAAAAUAAUAAAUAAUAUAAUAUGGGGUGAAUUAUUAUAUCCAUUAUAAUGAAUAAAUUUUAAUUAUUUAUUUAAAAUUCUAUUUAAU